AUGAGCUCCUCAUCGGCCGGGGACAGAGAGGCUGACAUCCCCUAUGACAGUUCCAUGGAGGACAGUGGACACACAUGCACAGGAGACAGCAGUAAGCAGGACACAAUGAUCUGUUCUGGCAACAGUGAAAUAAAGAGCAGAGCUGUGGUGAAGUACUCUGCUGCCCCACCUCCCACUAGUUACGCAGUUCUCCAGGAGAAGACUGACCUGAAGCUGCCUCCUGCAAACUGGCUCAGGGAGAACCCCCAGCUGGGCACAGCAGGCACCACUGUGUUAGGCUCCAGCAGUAAGAGCAAACCCUUUUCUAGUUUCGGCAUUGCGUAUGACUUCAUUGAUUGCGUUGGGGAUGAUGUCGAUGUGGUGUCGGAUUCCGAGAACAUAAAGAAGCUGUUGAAAAUUCCUUACAGCAAGUCCCAUGUCAGCAUGGCGGUUCACCGAGUGGGGAGGACAUUGCUUUUGGAUGAGCUGGAUAUUCAAGAGCUGUUUCGGAGGUCCUCCCAGACAGGAGACUGGGCGUGGCUGAAGGAGUUCUACCAGCGACUCAUGGACCAAAAGUGGCAAAGGAAAAAGAAAAGCAAAGAGCAUUGGUAUCAAAAAGCUAUCCUAUCAAAGUUUCUUUACUAUAGUAUAAAUGGAGAUGGAGCUGCGGCGCCUGUACCAAAAGACUUGGUUGAUGAAGAAGAGGAGGAGAACGAUGCAGAGGAGUUCAGGGCGUCGUGGCCGACCAGCAUCACGACCUCCCCUCCAGAUGAGCACGAUUCAGCCGCUGCUAAAGAGGAGAGUGUCUCUAUGGAGAGCCAUUUUGCCCUCGGUCAUGUGUCAUCGAUGCCCAAUGAACAGAAUCUCCCAAUGCUUUUCAAUGAAGGAGAAAACGGUCAGGGUUUACGGAAUGACUUUGUGCGUAACAUCAUGUGGACAUUUGAAGACAUCCAUAUGCUGGUGGGCUCCAACAUGCCCAUAUUUGGAGGAGGUCGCUAUCCUGCCGUCAGCUUAAGACUCAGGGACAACAAUAAACCCAUCAACAUUCUGACCGGCAUCGACUACUGGCUGGACAAUCUCAUGUGCAACGUUCCGGAGCUGGUCAUGUGCUUUCACGUCAACGGCAUUGUUCAGAAAUACGAAAUCAUAAAAACCGAAGACAUCCCUCAUCUGGAAAAAUCCACAUUUUCGACUCGAGUGAUAAAAGACAUCGCCCAGAACAUCCUCUCCUUCCUCAAGUCCAACUGCACCAAAGAGGGACACACGUACUGGCUGUUCAAAGCCAGUGGGAGCGACAUCGUGAAGCUUUAUGAUCUGACGACGCUGUGUGAGGAGGCAGAGGAGGAGUGUCAGAAUCCCUUCACUCUGCCGGUGGCUGUCUUACUUUACAAAGUGGCUAGCAACUUGGUGCUCAAAACCCAUCAACACCGAAAGCACUAUGGCACAGUCAGAACUCUGCUCCUCAACUGUAUCAAACUUCUGGACCAGGAAAAACAUCCUCAGAUCAUCGCUUCGGCCAACUACAUGCUGUCGGAGCUCUUCCAGCUGGACAAUCCCACCGAGGGGGACGAGGGCGAGUCUCUGCGGGCCGGGGGGUCAGAGGACAGCUACAGCGACGAAGAGCGAGAGGAGGAGGAGGAGCUGACGGAGGAGAGCGACGACAACAGCAGCAGCUCCUACUCGCGGGCUCAGAGGGACAGUCAGGCCGUGGCCAUCAUCCGCUCGGUGGUGGAGCUCUCUGUGCCUGAGAAGUACAAGUCCACGCAGCAGAGACCGAACUGUUCUUUUCCCGUCUCUCAAGAUAAAGAAGAGCGAUGCCGACAUGUUCUGAGUUAUGUACUAAAGGUAAAAGACAAAAUGUACACUGUAACUGUUCAGUAG